CCUAAGUCUACUCCAUUAAGUACUGCUCACUGUCGAAUCACGGUAUCAACCAUUAACAUCGCACAUAUACCUCUUUUGGAAGUAGGAGUAGCCGCCGCGAGCCCACGAAGCAACACCGGCGUUUAUACAAAUUACAUACCCACCUACCUACCAACCCCUACAACCACCUCUAUUGCCUCCCAAACGCCCGCCUUUUUUUUUUUUUCCCUUUCUGGUCCUCCUCCUCUUUGAUUGCGUUUCAUAUUUUUUAUUCACUUUCCUCUUCCCACUGUCAUAUCAUUCAUCACCCGACUUUGACAGUCGCGCGUCGCAUUCCUAUCGGUCUCGACUUUUCAUUGCUUGCCGUGCAACGCAACUGAGAAUAAAGAAAAAUAAAGUGGUCUCACCUCAGUUCAUAUCGACCUUUUCGACAUCAGACCGACAUCUCAUAAUCACGUCACUACGAGGCCGGGCCUGGUUUGGAACAAGAGACAGCAGUGGCAGUUAUAUAAAGGGAGGGGAACCCCCAGCAACUGCAGUCAUGUCGUCAGACGCCAACUACGAGCCGGAUGCGAACCCAGGAAGCGUCGGUGCUGGUCCAGACAUGGGAGACAGUGGAAGUAUCGCCGGUGCGGCCGGGACGUCAUCAAACGACGUCGGGCUAUCUCAAGGUGGUCUGAUCGCCAUCAUUGUGGUUGUUUGUGUCGUCACCAUCUUCGGUGUCGGUAGCGCAGUUCUCUUCUUCCUGGCAAAGAAAAAUGAGUGGAAGGUCAGGGAGACCAUUCGAAAGUCGGCAAAGAGGGUCGUCACGGCUUUGACCCCACGACGCAGCGAGUUCCCCAGAUCGGUCAAGGGAUCUUUCCGAUCAACCAGAUCCCAACAUAAAGGCCGUGUAAGGAUCGAUGAUGUGCCACCCACCCCGCGCAUCAAACCCGAGCAUCUGGAUUUGGAAAAGGGCAUGGGGAAGCCGGAGAAGUCAGGAAAGACACGCAUCAACUUCAGUCGGAAGUGAGCCGGUGUGGCGCAAGAGAAAAUCAGACAGCACGAGUUGAGAUAUAAUGAACCAUUUGAUGACGAAAAUGGCAAGCUUGGGGUAUAUUUUGGGUAUCGCUGGUCGCGCGAGCCUAUUGCUUUGCGACUCGUAUUCGGAAAGAAAUGUGUGCCGUGGACGGCAAUGAUGUUCUUGGCCGGUUCACCACGGCCUGGAGGAGUUGACAUGAAAGAUACCAUGACUUUUUCACAUGUAUAGUAUAUAGGGUUGGACCAAUAAGCUUCUGGCGUUUUACAGUCGUCU